AUGCCCUCUGAAAGCUCUGUGGAUGUUAAAGACCGAGGUGGUCAAGAUGACCACAAGGACGGACCGACUGUCGAGGCUCAUACGACAGACUCAGAGUCGGGCAAAGGGGCAGAUGAGAUGCGAAAACCCGGGGAGAUAGACGAAUUACCACCGGUAGAAGCAUUUAAAUGGAAUGUGGAUGGGGAUCAAUCACCCUUCCCUGAAGUAGCCGCAUGUGUGUCGAACACAGAUGAUCCGACCAUGCUCUGCAACACUGUUCGAGCAUGGAUCCUCAUGACAACUUUCGUUAUGUUAUUUUCCGGCGUUAAUCAAUUCUUCGGCCUGCGAUACGUAUGUUGA